GAGGGCAGGGGCGGUGCCGGGGGUGUCGUGGCGCUGCCGGGGCAGGUAUCCGCUCCCCUCAGCCGCCGCCCCACACUUCCCCGGCCUCGGCCUGGGAGAUGAGCCUGUGACAUCCCGCGAGGGAGGGAGAGGGGCACGGGGCACGGCAGGCGAGCAGCGGCUGUGGCCGGGCGCGGAGGGGGAGAUGAGGGCGGCAUGCGGCCGCCCACGGCGCUAGCCAGGUGCCGGCGCAGGGCUAGCCCGCCCCGCAGGGGGCGGUGAUCGGAGGGGGUGUCUGUGUGACAGGCGGAGCGGGCUGCGCAAGCCCUGUCAGACGCGGGCAGGUGGGGGGCACUGACAGGGAGCUGGUAGGGCGGAACGGCUGUGCCGGCUGGUACGAGUCCCCUCCUCCCCCAGCGCAGUAUGCCAGGAGCGGGGCUAGGCGGGCAGGCGGAGCGGGGUCGCUCGUGAGCGGAGGGCGUGAGAGAGACGAGUCCCAAAUCCAGGUCAGCCCUGGCUGGCUGAGGGGGCAGCGAGAUCAGCCGGGGCACUGACUGCGCUAGGGGGCGCGGGGAGGGGGCUGCCCUCUCUUCCAGCCCCUAUCGCGAUCGAUGGUGUGAGGGGCUGCUGCUAGCCAGGAGCAUUUGUGUAGAGGAGGGGAAGGGCAGUUGGAGGGGUCUGGCGUCUUCCCCCUCCUGGAGCAGGUAAAAAGGAGUGGACUCCAGGCAGCCUGGGCUGACAUUGCCUGUGGCGGCUGUGACUCAGAGGCUCUUUCUGCUGGGGGGUGAGUUUAGGUGGCAGUGGUGUGGGAUUUUACCCCGGCAGGUUAUAAAUAGACCUGCUCAGACGCUGUGUCAAGGAAGGACACAUUGGCAAGUUCCAGAGAGAGAGAGAGACUGGCUGUGUUUAGCUUUUCUCCGCAGACAGCUGCUGCCACCACAAUGAAUGCAAGGAGGAGGCCUAGCUGUUAGCAGCAGGAUCUUGUAAGCACUAGGGAGUGGAGUGCUGGGUUUUAUUUUAUUGUUUUACACAUAAAUAAAACUAGCCAGAGAGAGCAUCAGAGAGUCUUCGGAAGAAGAACGACGAAAAACCUUAUAAGCUCAUUUCAGAGAUCUGGGAAGAAACAGACUGGGAGUGAAAAUGAAGCCAGAAAGAGAUACUUUAGAUGAAUACUUUGAAUAUGAAGCUGAGGAAUUCCUGGUCUCCUUGGCCUUAUUGAUUACUGAAGGUCGAACACCAGAAUUUUCUGUAAAGGGUAGAACAGAGGGUUUCCAUUGCCCUCCAGCACAGUCAAGUCAGCCAUUAACAUCUAAGCAUGAGUGCACCGACAAAUUGGCCCAGUGUCGUCAAGCCAGACGAACCAGGUCUGAGGUUAUGCUGCUGUGGAAAAAUAAUAUUCCUAUCAUGAUAGAAGUGAUGCUACUUCCAGACUGUUGCUAUAGUGAUGAAGGGCCCACCACAGAAGGGAGUGAUUUAAAUGAUCCUGCAAUCAAACAAGAUGCAUUGCUGUUAGAAAGGUGGAUUUUGGAGCCAGUUCCCCGACAAAGUGGAGAUCGCUUUAUUGAAGAGAAGACCCUCUUAUUGGCUGUCCGCUCUUUUGUUUUCUUUUCUCAGUUGAGCGCUUGGCUGAGUGUUUCACAUGGUGCUGUUCCUCGUAAUAUUCUGUACAGAGUAAGUGCUGCAGAUGUGGACCUGCAAUGGACUUUUUCCCAGACACCAACUGAACAUGUGUUUCCUGUUCCUAAUGUUUCUCACAAUGUGGCCUUGAAAGUCAGUGUCCAGUCCUUGCCUAGACAAUCUAACUAUCCGGUUUUGACCUGUAGUAUUCACACCAGCCUGGGCUUUUAUGAAAAGGGAAUACAAGAACAUAAUGUACAUCAGCACUGUGAUUCCAUUGAGAGAGAGCAGCGCAGUGUGUCCAGUUCACAGCGUUCAUGUGGAAAACAAACAUGGACAUUGAUUCCUGAGGGCUUGCUUAAUGCAAAAAUAUCCCCUGAAUUUUCUACAUCGGUGAGAAACAUAAAACUUUAUCCAGCAACUGGUCUUGGGUCUGCCUUUGGGACAUCACAGUCUAAAGUUCAGUGCUAUAAUGCUAUGGGGGACAAUAAGACACAGCCACAUGAAACAUCAGUCAGAACUUUUAAAUCCUUUUCUUUGGUUGAUCCCCAAGUUCCAAAUAGUCACUGUUCCCAUCAGCGCAUAGGAGAGACUAGUCCUUUGAUAGGUUCUUUACUUCAGGAGCGACAGGAAGUUAUAGCAAGAAUUGCUCAGCACUUGAUUCACUGUGAUCCAUCUACUUCACUUGUUACUGGAUGUCCAUUCAACAUGCAUGAAACCAGUUCAGUUACUUCAAAAGUUUUUUGGAAUUCUUAUGAAGAUGAAAGCUUGCUGAAAAAAGGCAAGGAAACAUCCACUGUUUCUACUGCUAACACAGAUAUUAUGUUAUCAGAAGACUGCAGUGAAGACAAGACAAGAGCAAUACCAGAGAACCCAUUGGUUGAUUCCCAUGUUCCUAUGAGCCACUGUUCUCGUCAGUCCAUAGGAGAGACUAAUCCUUUAAUAGGUUCUUUACUUCUGGAGCGACAGGAAGCUAUAGCAAGGAUUGCCCAACACUUGAUUCACUGUGAUCCAGCUACUUCACACAUUACCGGGCGUCCAUUCAAUGUACAUGAAAGCAGUUCAAUCACUUCAAAAGUUUUUCAAAGUUCAUAUGAAGAUGAAAACUUGUUGAAGAAAGGCAAGGAAACAUCCUCUAUUUCAUUCUCUAAGUGUGACGUUACCAUAAAAGACAGCAGUAAAGUAAAGACCAGAACACCUGAUACCCCUCUGACAUCUUAUAGACUUGAUGGUGAAUUGAAGGCUUCUCCAAAGCCCCAAGCAAGAAGAAAAUUGAUUCUAGCAAAACCCAGUGAAGUUGUCCAAAACACAUUUCAGCAGACUCCAAAUAAAACUACCAAUUCGUUUAUUAGCAUAAGUAUAUCAUGUAGCAAAGAAAAUAAAUCUGAACUGCCAGAUAAACGGGAAACAGUACUUUCUGGUUGUCUACAUAAAGACCAAAUGACCAACAAAGACAUUGGUAAACAGUGUUCAAAUUUCAACACCACUGAUGAACAGAUUUGCAAAAAUAAACUUAAAGAAAGAAUAAUCACAUGUGAGAAUAGUAAUGGAGACUGUUUAAUCAAUCCACAGUUAGAUAAAUCCAAAAUACUUGAAGGUACAAAAAAAGCGACACUAAUGCAGGCAUCUAAUAUUUUGCACAAAAAUGAGCUUAAGUGUUUAGAUAAAGAUUCAAAAAAAACAAAGAUAUGUGAGCAAAAUACCCAACUUGUUAGUAUUGAAAAUUAUUUAAAUAAAGACCAUGACAGUUUCAAAUGCAAAGAUAAGCAAGAUAAACUGAAAACUGCACAUGAUGAGAAUGAAGACCCAACCGACUAUGAAUUUCAAAGUAAUUCCCAGAAGAAAUCUGUAGAAGACUAUUUGGCUAGGUGUGAACAACUGAAGAAUGCAGAUGUGCUGAGAAUACCACCACUCAAGCAUUCAAGUAUAUGGCGGAGACACAAUUUUCACUCUAUGGAUGGGACUGUAACCAAGGCUUUCCAUCCUCGAACUGGAUUGCCUCUACUUUCAAGCCCUGUUCCUCAGAGAAAAACACAAUCUGGGUGCUUUGAUCUGGACUCAUCUUUGCUGCGAUUGAAAUGUUUGUCUACAAGAAGUCCACAACAAUGUAUAAACACAGACAGUGACCCAGAAGGCCAUGGGAAACCAUUUCUGAGUUCCAGUGCUCCACCCAUAACAAGUCUUAGCCUUCUAGGAAACUUUGAGGAGUCUGUCUUGAACUAUCGUUUAGAUCCUCUAGGCAUUGUUGAUGGCUUCACUGCUGAGGUGGGAGCAAGUGGAGUCUUCUGCCCCACGCACAUGACUCUUCCAGUCGAAGUGUCAUUCUACAGUGUUUCAGAUGAUAAUGCACCCUCUCCCUAUAUGGGUGUGAUUACUUUAGAAUCCCUUGGUAAAAGGGGUUAUCGGGUACCUCCUUCAGGAACCAUACAAGUGACCUUAUUUAACCCUAAUAAGACUGUGGUGAAAAUGUUUGUGGUGAUCUAUGACUUACGAGAGAUGCCAGCCAAUCAUCAAACAUUCCUACGGCAAAGGACUUUUUCUAUUCCUGUGAGAAGAGAAGUAAAGAGAAGCAUCAAUAAAGAAAACAUUCGGCAGACUGAAGAAAGGCUACUACGCUACCUCAUACAUCUGAGGUUCCAGAGUUCCAAAUCUGGAAAGAUCUACCUCCACAGAGAUGUAAGGCUCCUGUUCUCUCGGAAAUCAAUGGAAGUUGAUAGUGGUGCUGCGUAUGAACUCAAAUCUUACACUGAAUCUCCAACAAACCCUCAGUUUUCACCAAGAUGUUAGCAAGCAGUGAAAAUCAGAGUAUUAAUUGAAUUACCAGAUUACUGUUUACAAGCAAAACUUUGACAUGGAAUACAGUGUAAAAUUAAAUAUAUAAAGAAAUGAAAGUAGUGCUCAAGUGAGAGUCAAUACUCUUCUGUGAUCCUGGACCAGUUUUUGUAAAAGGUUUCUGGAAUGAGCUUUGUGUAUUCCAAGUAGACUGGAAACAAAUACUUAAAUCUAAUCUUUUUGUACUGUUUAAAACCACUUCAUUGGAUGUGUUGCAAUAGCAAAUUCCCAAGUUAGUUUAGUGUUUACACCUUUUAUUUUAUUUUUCAGUUAUUUAAUAUUUAAUGUUUCAUUUAAUACUCAAGUGAUGUUUGUCUUUAGUGUUCUAAUGUAGCACAAAUCCUAUGUAAAAUCAUAUUAUGUAUUUUUGACAUUAAUAAUAUUGAAAUCUGAAAUAUAUACGGAAGUCUUUAAUUCUGCGUGAUGUGUUUUUAAGUGAUAUUCAUUUAAGUUAUUGAAAAUUAGGAUAAAAUUUUGAACUUCCAUAACAUUAUCAUACUAUGCAAACAUGUGGUUUUCCUCGUUUUCUCUCUCUAAUUUUAGCGACGCCCCAUUCUCAUUGCUUCCCACACACAAGUCCUUUUAUAGCACAUGUGGCCAUAAUACAGAAUGUGUUUCUUUAGCUACUCACUAGUUCAAAUCAUUGACCCAAUUCAUAUUUUGCUCCUUUAAUUUCUUUUCUUUUUUUCCCCCGAGUGGAUGCUCUACUAAGAACAUUUCUGGUUCUGUUCUAGUUAGUAUAAAAAUGUCACACAAAAUUAUUAUCCUAUACCUGAUUUUCUCAAUUGUUUAAAAAUGUACUGUGAAAACAAAUUAGUACUUAUAUCUUAAAUAUAUGCAAAAGCUAUUAAA